CGCCUGCGAGCUGAUACUGAAAAGAUAAGUGCAUAAUGAAUACGAUGAUGUUAGUGUCUUUGGCUGUUGCCAUGGCAAUAGCAGUGUCCGCUAAUCCAAGCGACCGAUUGGCAGAACUAGAGGGACUUCAGCUUGAGAACGAGGCUGUUAGUGGGGUAGAGAAAAGAUCGGUCAGUCUUUCCCAGUAUAGGACAAACCAACUGAAAGCUCACAAUGAUAAAAGAGCCAUACACAAUGCUCCACCUCUCGUCCUUGACGCUACGCUUAACAACGAGGCACAGGCCUACGCCGAGUAUCUAUUAUCUAACAAUAAGUUCAUACAUUGUUCAGAUAUACGGGAUCAAAAUAUUCAAGGAAUUGGUUGCGAUGCAUCAACAAGUGAAGCUGGAGAGAACCUCGCCAAGUCAGGGGGUCAAGUGGACAACUACGAUGCGACUGCCCCAUGGUACAAUGAAGUGAACGAAUAUGACUUUUGUGAUCAGGGGUUUAGCGAGCAAACUGGACACUUUACUCAAGUUGUAUGGAAGGGAACUACAAAGGUUGGUUUUGGAAGAGCAAUUGGCGCGGGUGGAACAUACGUGGUUGCCCGAUACCUUCCAGGAGGUAAUUCAGGAAAAUAUUACCUUAAUGUCGGAGAUGCCCCUGCCAGUUUGAACAGAGCUGCGUGUCCUCCAACUGCACCACCCUCGACCACAAGGAUUGCUGAAUGUCAAAGACUGGCGGGUAUAUUCAACAUGAAUCUAUAUUACGACGAAAAUACUGACAAGCCCAGUGCCCAUGAUAAGCCUGCCUGCUCUUUGGUCUGUGAUCCUGGUAACAUUGUCUUCAGUUUUAAUCAAAUCGAAGGACAACUUGAUUGUGAGAAGCGAGAUGGUUCUACUGGGAUGUGUGUGUCCAAUGUGUGCACUUAAACGACUGCUCGAGAGCCGAAUAUUGAAGACGCCGAUUGUAAUAAAGUUUAUGAAAUACGGCUAUAUGUGAGCGCAAGCAUAAGCCACGAAUUAAAUCUACUCUUUUGUCAUGUUAUCAUAUCUGACCAAUCAUAUUAGCCAGGUAUGGUCACGUGACUUGUCUACAUCAGGAGAUUCAAUCUGAAAUUCAUUAAUGUUGUAUUGCUUUUGGACUCAAAAUAAAGUUAAAUAGUGCAUUAAAUAA